CAAGGCUUCGGGUCCCGGGCAGCCGGGUCCACGACCUCCAGGCACCUGUUGCUAAGGCAGGCUUGGCCGCUGCGUCUUCCCGCCCGGGACUCGGCUGCGGCGCGAGGCAGGGCCUGGGUGCCGGUGAGCCCCACCGCUCAGACCGUUCUGGACCUGGUAGCACCUGCAGCUUCCGAGGGGCCCCGGAGGGAGGGUGAGGUGGACCCUGAAUCUCCCGCUCAGCGCCGCAGGUCCUGGUAUCCUCUGCGCCGCUAGGCGGGAACUGGAAGGUAAACUGAGGCUGUGGCUCUUGAUCAAGUGCUCAGAGGUCGGAGACCCCCGAGGAGAAACACCCAGUGAAGUCCUCAGGGGCCCAGGAGGUGCUGGGGAGGACGGUGGCUUGGCCGGGCUCUUUCUGCCUCCCCUGAGGGUGAGGAGGACGCCCGACCCCAGGACCAACUCAGCGGGUUCUUCUGACCCUUUACCUCACUCACAGCCCUUCUUCCCAAACAGAUUCCAGACAGACAGACAGACAGACAGCUUUAUGCGCAGCCUAAGCCACCGAGUCCCGCCACUCGGAUGCCAGCGGCUUGGAGCCUGAGGCGGGGCGGGGCGGGAGGAGCAGCGAGGGGGUCACAGCGAGGCUGUGUGCUGGGGAACCUGAAAACCAGCUGCGGGGGGAGGGAAGGGGCUGGGACUUUCCCCAAGGACACCGGGAGGGUGGAAUCGCGGAAAGGAGCGCGCUCCCCACGUCCACCCUCCCCCACCUGUGCCGGGAACUCAGGUGGUCAAAGUCUGCCCUCAGGUUGAAAAAAAAUUGAUCAUUUUGCGGUCAGCGGCAGCAGUGGGGUUCGUAGAAGGAUUGGCGGCUAGCGGGAGCCAGGGGCACGUCUGGACGGCUGGGGGGAGGCCAGACUGCGCCCCCUCCCUUAUGAGGGGGUGAGGCGGGCCCAGCAUGGAGCGGCUGCGGGGCGUGCUGCAGAGCGCGCAACGCUGGCCCCCAGGACCCUCUCAGACCAUCUACCGGCGCGUGGAGGGCCCUCAUCUGGGGCCCCUGGAGGAGGAAGAGGAGGGAGUGGCCGAGCUGCCUGCCCUGUCCUGCUCCAUGGAACUCAAAGGCCCUGAGGCCUUGGGGUCCGGUCUGGGGCGGUCAGCUCCCAUCCCCUGGGCCGCAGUGGGGCGCAAGUCGGCGCCCUACGUGGUCCUGACCUCGCUGCUGGUCUUCACGGGGGCCUUCCUCCUGGGCUACGUGGCCUUCCGAGGGUCCUGCCAGGCGUGCGGGGACUCCGUGGUGGUGGUCAGCGAGGACGCUGAGCUGGGCCUCGACUCCCGCCAGGGCAGGCUGUACUGGAGCGAUCUCCAGGCCAUGUUUCUUCGGUUCCUCGGGGAGGCGCGCCUGGAGGACACCAUCAGGCUGACCAGCCUCCGGGAGCGCGUGGCCGGCUCGGCCAGGAUGGCCACCCUGGUCCAAGACAUCCUCAGCACGCUCUCGCGCCAGAAGCUGGACCACGUGUGGACCGACACGCACUACGUGGGCCUUCAGUUCCCGGACCCGGCCCACCCCAACACCCUGCACUGGGCGGACGCGGCGGGGAGCGCCCAGGAGCAGCUGCCGCUGGAGGACCCGGAGGUCUACUGCCCCUACAGCGCCACGGGGAGCGCCACGGGCAGGCUGCUGUACGCCCACUACGGGCGGCCCGAGGACUUGCAGGGCCUGAAGAGCAAGGGCGUGGAGCCGGCAGGCAGCCUCCUGCUAGUGAGAGUUGGGGGGACCAGCUUCGCCCAGAAGGUAGCCGUUGCGCAGGACUUCGGGGCCCGAGGAGUGCUGAUCUACCCUGACCCAGCAGACUUCUCCCAGGACCCUCACAAGCCAGGCCUGUCCAGCCACCAGGCUGUGUACGGACACGUGCACCUGGGGACUGGAGACCCUUACACGCCUGGCUUUCCUUCCUUCAAUCAGACCCAGUUUCCUCCAGUAGAAUCGUCAGGCCUUCCCGGCAUCCCCGCCCAGCCCAUCAGUGCGGACAUCGCCGGCCGCUUGCUCCGGAAGCUCGAGGGCCCCGAGGCUCCGCAGGAAUGGCAAGGACACCUCUCGGGCUCUCCUUACCGGCUGGGCCCCGGGCCAGCCCUGCGCCUCGUGGUCAGCAACCGCAGGGCGUCCACGCCCAUCAGCAACAUCUUCGCCUGCAUUGAGGGCUUCGAGGAGCCAGAUCACUAUGUAGUCAUCGGCGCGCAGAGGGACGCGUGGGGCCCCGGAGCUGCCAAGUCUGCCGUGGGCACGGCGAUCCUGCUGGAGCUGGUUCAGGCCUUUUCCUCCAUGGUCAGCAACGGGUUCAGACCUCGAAGGAGCCUUUUGUUCGUCAGCUGGGACGGAGGUGACUUUGGCAGCGUGGGCUCCAUGGAGUGGCUGGAGGGCUACCUCAGCGUGCUCCACCUCAAAGCCGUAGUGUACGUGAACCUGGACCACUCCGUGCUGGGAGAUGGCAAAUUCCAGGCUAAGACCAGCCCCCUGCUCAUCAGCCUCAUCGAGAAUAUCCUGAAGCAGGUGGACUCCCCUAACCACAGCGGGCAGACGCUCUAUGAGCAGGUGGUGUUCACCAACGCCAGCUGGGACGCGGAGGUGAUUCGAACCCUGCCCAUGGACAGCAGUGCCUACUCCUUCACGGCCUUCGCGGGGGUCCCGGCGGUGGAGUUCUCCUUCACGGAGGAGGACCGGGCCUACCCGUUCCUGAACACCAAGGAGGACACGUACGACAACCUGCGCCGGCUGCUGCGCGGGCGCCUGCCGGCCCUGGCCCAGGCGGUGGCCCAGCUCGCCGGCCUGCUCCUCAUGCGCCUGAGCCACGACCUCCUGCUGCCGCUCGACUUCGGCCGCUACGGGGACGUGGUCCUCGGGCACCUCGCCCACCUCCACGAGUUCUCGGGGGCCCUCAAGGCCCGCGGGCUGACCCUGCAGUGGGUGUACUCCGCGCGGGGGGACUACAUCCGCGCGGCGGAGAAGCUGCGGAAGGAGAUCUACAGCUCGGAGCAGAGCGACGAGCGCCUCAUGCGCAUGUACAACGUGCGCAUCAUGAGGGUGGAGUUCUACUUCCUGUCCCAGUACGUGUCGCCGGCCGACUCCCCGUUCCGCCACAUCUUCCUGGGCCAGGGGGACCACACCCUGGGGGCCCUGCUGGACCACCUGCGGAUGCUGCGCGCCGACGGCGCCGGCCCGGGCCCGGGCUUCCAGGAGGGCCGCUUCCGGCGCCAGCUGGCGCUGCUCACGUGGACGCUGCAGGGGGCAGCCAACGCGCUCAGCGGCGACGUCUGGAACAUCGACAACAACUUCUGAGGCGGGCGCCCGCCCCCCCGAGCGCACGCGGGUCCCCCCCGAGCGCCCGGGCCCCCCCCCCCCCCCCCCCCCGGCCCCCCCGGGUCCCCCCCCGCGCCGUGGCAGCGCUGCGGGCAAGGGUCCUCGUCCACGCCCUGGGCCUGCAGGGCGGGCGAGCCGUACUGUCGCCCUGGGACGUCGCUCUCGCUGCCGCCGGCCCUCUUGUGGAUGAGGUGAACAGGGUCAUUAUCUAUUACGAACAGGUGGCCUGUGCUGGGAGGCCCGAGGGGAUUAGAUGUCAAUAAACCAACUGUAACCGUC